AACAUACAAGAUGAUUUUUGCUGGACGUCCAUUGCGGUAUUGGCUUCCAUCGCUCUGACCACCCUUGGAUUAUUUCAGGACUUCACGUAUGCCUGAAGUGAAGACGGUAUGUCCUUAUGGUUACUAGCGGCAAUAUUGAGUACGGGGUGUCCACUGUCUUCAGUUCGCAAACUCGGAUCAAGCCUCAAAGAAUCAAGAAUCAAGAACCACUGGCCCAGACUGUCCGAUGAGUCUGGCGCCAAUGCGCCCCUGAUUGUCCCGUCUCAAGUUCGUGGUCGCCAAAGUCAACGCAACUGCAAGCCCCCGCUCUCAGCCUCAAGGAAACACUUCGUAUUUGGCUGCCGGGACGACUAUCUCGGGCUUCAGGUUAUCUCUCUUCGCAUCAUCCAAACCACGCAAUUGGGCCUCAAUCUGGCGGCUGUAAUUCGCUCCGCCUUUUUCCCUGCAUGUAGCCAGGAGCUGGAACGGGGCUCACGGCCACCAAAGCUGUUAUUGUGUCCACAAGUUCAUGUAUAACAUAGUAUGCUGUCUCUGUAUUUAUGGCUAUCGAAUCCGAAGGUGUCGGCCCUGACGCAUGUAACUUAGAUCUAUCUUAUUCUUGUUACACUGGCAGCCCAUCGGGGACGGGCAAGAUCAACGAUUUGUUAACUUCG